GUUUGCGGUGCAAUUUGACGGCAGUCUUUUAAGUCCAGGAAAAAUGUCGGACGAAGGUGGUGUUAAUAUUUCUCUUCCAAAUAAAGUGCUUAGUAAGCAACUAAAGAGGAAAGCCAGUGAUUUUCUCAAUUCCCGAAAGAAUGCUAAUAAUUUAGUGGAUAUAAUUCAGUGUUUAGAAAAAUCCAUUGGUGACCAACAAAAUGCCUCACCAAUCAUACCCAGUGUCUUGGCACUGGAGACAAUAUUUACUGAACUCCUGAAAAAUCGGGCUAUGGUGAUUGAAGUACAGCCCCUGAAACCAAAAGAAAAUUCUCCGGAGACACAGUAUCGUGAAUGGCUGCAGGAUCGCUAUGGGGAGGCCUAUCAAUUCAUCCUCAAGUGCUUUUGCGUGGACAAAACAUCCGAUUCAAUUCAGGCUCUUGCCACAGCAAUGAAUCUCUUAGCCCUUGAGGGACAAUUUCCCAUAGACUACGUCACAGAUGCAUCAUACUACUUUCCCUGCUCAAAGCUCCGAAGUAUUCUGCAGUGUCUUCUGUCGGCGGACAAGGCAAAUGAUCAUCUGAUCAGUCGUUUUCAGGAGUUUACGGCCUACCACGAUAUCCUUCAGCACUCGUGGAAGUUCCUCCCAGGUCUCACACCCCGCGGUCAAAUUCCCAGUGAGACCUACGUCGGCAACUACUUAAACCUCAUUAAUGCGAUGCCAAUUAAAAGUGCAGAACAAGAGCAAAUUCACCUUCUCUGUGAUAAUAAUUCAGACAAAGGCAAAGUGACAUUCGACUAUCAAGCUAUUCGAAGGAAUAUUAACAAAUCCUGGGCUUGUGUCAUGCACUGGCAACAUACAGAAGCCACUCAUCAGAAAGUUCUGAUGGUGCUUCUAGAACGGGUAUUACCUCAUCUGGACAAACCAUUGGCUCUUACAGAUUUCCUCAUGGACUCCCUCGAUGCAGGAGGUGCCAUCAGUUUACUCGCAUUUCAGGGAGUGUUCACGCUAAUCCAAGAACACAAUCUCACGUAUCCAUUCAUCUAUGAAAAACUGUAUUCGAUGUUUGAGCCAGAAAUAUUUCAUACAAAAUUCAAGGCACGCCUAUUCUAUCUGGCAGAUCUAUUUCUUAGUUCAACACAUCUACCCGAAGCUCUUGUGGCGGCUUUCGUGAAACGCCUGGCACGUCUAACUCUAGUCGCUCCACCCCAAGACAUCGUUAUAUGUCUGUAUUUCAUUGGGAACCUCAUAAUUCGCCAUCCUGGCCUCAAGCGCCUCAUCUGUCAUCCACAUGGGGGUCAAGUGACACGAGAUCCUUUCAUCAUGGAUGAAUGUGAUCCUACCAAAUCCUAUGCCAUCGAUAGCUCACUGUGGGAGAUUGCAGCUCUUCAGAAUCAUGGCAUACCGUCGAUAGCUACAGCAGCUAAAUUCAUAUCGAAUCCACUACCGACAAUUGAGUGGGAUUUGACACAAGUGCUUGGCGUCACAGAGGAUGAUCUGUUUGAUCAGGCCAUUAAGAAGAGCUCAAAAGCUGCUUUUCUCACAAUUGACAGGCCAACCUCAAUGUUCGUACCGCGAGGCGAUAGAACGCAGGAGUUUUGGAAGUUAUUUUAACUAGGAACCUAUUUUGAAAUUUGUUACCCAACUAUUUCCUAAAAUAAAUAAUGUAAUUUGAACAAAAA